AUGGAGAUUGGCACGGAGAUCAGCCGCAAGAUCCGGAGUGCCAUUAAGGGGAAAUUGCAAGAAUUAGGAGCUUAUGUUGAUGAAGAACUUCCAGAUUACAUUAUGGUGAUGGUGGCCAACAAGAAAAGUCAGGACCAAAUGACAGAGGACCUGUCCCUGUUUCUAGGGAACAACACGAUCCGAUUCACCGUAUGGCUCCAUGGUGUAUUAGAUAAACUUCGUUCUGUUACAACAGACCCCUCUAGUCUAAAGUCUUCUGAUACCAACAUAUUCGAUAAUAACGUGCCUUCCAAUAAGAGCAGCUUCAGUCGGGGCGAUGAGAGAAGGCACGAAGCUGCAGUGCCACCUCUUGCAGUUUCUAGCACCAGAUCUGAGAAAAGAGAGUCCAGAGUUUCUUCAAGUUCACAGGAGCAGAAAGCCACUAAUGUCAGGCAGAGUUAUGAUGAUGGAGCUGCAACCCGAUUAAUGUCAACAGUGAAACCUCUGAGGGAGCCAGCCCCCUCUGAAGAUGUGAUUGAUAUUAAGCCGGAACCAGAUGACCUCAUUGAUGAAGACCUCAAUUUUGUGCAGGAGAAUCCCUUAUCUCAGAAAAAACCCACAGUGACACUCACAUACGGUUCUUCUCGCCCUUCUAUUGAAAUUUAUCGACCACCUGCAAGUCGAACUGCAGAUGGUGGUCUUCAUUUAAACAGGUUGCAAUUUCAACAGCAGCAAAACAGUAUUCAUGCUGCCAAGCAACUCGAUGUACAGAACAGCCGGGUAUAUGAAACAGGACGUUUGUGUGAACCAGAAAUGCUUAACAGCUUAGAAGAGACUUACAGUCCUUUCUUCAGAAAUAAUGCAGAAAAAAUGAGUAUUGAGGAAGAAAAUUUUCGAAAGAGAAAGUUGCCUGUGGUAAGUUCAGUUGUUAAAGUAAAAAAGUUUAAUCACGAUGGAGAAGAGGAGGAAGACGACGAUGAUUGUGGGUCCCGUACAGGAAGCAUCUCCAGCAGUGUGUCCGUGCCUGCAAAGCCUGAACGGAGACCCUCACUUCCUCCUUCUAAACAAGCUAAUAAGAAUCUAAUUUUGAAGGCAAUAUCUGAAGCUCAAGAAUCUGUAACAAAAACAACUAACUAUUCUACAGUCUCGCAGAAACAGACGCUUCCAGUUGCUCCCAGAACUCGAACUUCUCAAGAAGAAUUGCUGGCAGAAAUGGUCCAGGGGCAAAGCAGGACCUCUAGAAUAAGUCCCCCCAUUAAAGAAGAUGAAGCAAAAGGAGAUAAUAUAGAAAAAGGUCAAGGAACUCAGCAGAGGCCAUUACUGUCCCAGCUGCAAAUUGAUCCAGUCAUGGCAGAAACUCUGCAGAUCAAUCCAGAUUACUAUGACAUGGAAUCCCUGGUCUAUGCAGACACAAGAUCAUUUAUUCUGAAGAAGCCAAAGCUGUCUGAGGAAAUAGUAGUGGCAUCAAACCAAGAUUCGGGGAUGAAGACCGCAGAUACCCUUCGGGUACUUUCAGGACACCUUAUGCAGACACGAGAUCUUGUACAACCAGAUAAACCUGCAAGUCCCAAGUUUAUAGUGACGCUGGAUGGUGUUCCCAGCCCCCCAGGAUACAUGUCAGAUCAAGAGGAGGACAUGUGCUUUGAAGGAAUGAAACCUGUAAACCAAACUGCAGCCUCAAACCAGGGACUCAGAGGUCUCCUCCACCCACAGCAGUUGCAGUUGAUGAGCAGGCAGCUUGAUGACCCCAAUGGUAGCUUUGCACACGCUGAGAUGAGUGAACUGAGUGUGGCACAGAAGCCAGAAAAACUUUUGGAGCGCUGCAAGUACUGGCCUGCCUGCAAAAACGGGGAUGAAUGUGCUUACCACCACCCGAUUUCACCUUGCAAGGCUUUCCCCAAUUGUAAAUUUGCUGAAAAAUGUUUGUUUGUCCAUCCAAAUUGUAAAUAUGAUGCAAAAUGUACUAAGCCAGAUUGUCCCUUCACUCAUAUGAGUAGAAGAAUUCCAGUACUGCCUCCAAAACCAGUUUUAACAGCAACACCUACUUCUAGUAGUCAGCUCUGCCGUUACUUCCCUGCUUGUAAGAAAAUGGAAUGUCCCUUCUAUCAUCCAAAACACUGUAGAUUUAACACUCAGUGUACAAGACCUGACUGCACGUUUUAUCACCCCACCAUUACUGUGCCGCCACGACAUGCCUUGAAAUGGAUCCGGCCUCAAACCAGUGAAUAA